UUCCGACUUUUUGAGCCAGCUCCGAUUUCCGGCUUUUCCGAUUUCCGACCCACUUCUGCUGUCAAGUGUUAUGGUCCAUGGAUUUUUAUUUUCCAUUGUGGGAAGGACACGUAACUCUAAAAAUAUACUCGACAUGGAUGUCAUUGUUGGAGAGAGCCGUGUUUAUGAGACUCGUUUAAUUUUGUGUUAUAAUUUUUUACAAUUUUUUUGGUUUAAAAUGAAAAAAAAGCAACGAAUUUUUUAGCUAAAUGUUCUCAAAUCUUUUAAUUAUUUUCUAAAAUUUAUCAGAAAUUUUUUUUUAGAAUUUUUUAAAAGUCAUUAUAGCAACAAAAAGAAAAUGUUUAUUUAUAUGCCUUGUAUAUUUUGGCAUGAUCGUAAAGGAAUAUUAUUUAUUGAUGUUUUACAAAAUUCAACAGCUUCAGGAGAAGAUUUAGUUCCAAUAUAUAAAAUUGUCACAGCCAGCAUUCAAAAAGAAAUUCGUGUUUGGAAUUUCCGUUUUGAUCCAAUUGAAAUUUCUGUCCCGAAAAAACAACAAAUUGAAGAGUCAAAAGAAGAAGAAGAAAAUAAACAACCACAAAAUGAAGAUAGUAUUGUUUUUGUGGAUUCUAAAGGAGAAAAGGAAGAGGAAAAAGAAAAUGCCGUGAAAGAUAAGGAGGAUGCUAAUAAAAUUUUGGUGAAUGAGGAGAAGAUGCAGCAACAAAAUCAGCACGAGACCGGACUACGAGAUCUCGAACAGAAAUCUCGGUUGUCGAAAAUGACAUUUGUUUAUAUUUUGGUUCCUAAUCAGCCCUUCCUGUCCGUUCUCCUGUCUUCAAUCAUUUUUUCAGGUAAUUUUAUUGCCUCUGGUGAUGCUGAUGGAUAUCUUAUUGUUUGGAAUUUAGUUCAAUCUUGUCUGGAAGAAAAUGAAAAGAAUGAAAUUUCUAAUGAAAAACAAUUAAAAGAGCUUCAAUUAAAUAAUAAUUUGGAAGAAAAUAAAAAUACUGAAGAAAUACCUCCAAAUAGAGAAAAUUGGCAAAGAAGUAAAGCUAGAUUUAGUCCACAUCCUGGGGAAAUUACUGCUUUAUGUUUUUCGCCAGAUUCACAAUUUAUUGCUUCUGUAUCUAUGAAUAAUUCAAUUUCUGUUAAUCGAACUGAAAAUGGUAAAAGACUAUGGGAAAGAGGUGCUUACCGCCAUUUUGCUAAUGGAAUAAUUUGGGAUCCACGAGGAAAAUAUUUGGUAACAAUGUCAACAGACAGGCGUUUAGAUAUAUUGGAUGCGUUUAAGGGAACAAUUUUACGUUCUUGUUGUCAAAUUGAAUUGCCAAUGAUUUUAAUGCCUGAAAUUAGUCAACAAGCUUACAAAAUAUUUCAUGACGAUCAAUUACAUGCUUUCCAAAGAGGUGUUGAAUUUUCCCCUUGUGGUGGUGUUCUUUUUGCACCAGCUGCCCUACUAGAAGUUGGAACAAAUAAUAUUUAUGGAACUUUUGUCUUUUUUCGAAAUGAUCUCAAAUUUUGUCGGCCAAAUGCUCUUUUUCCUUCUGCCAAACCAACUAUACAAGUUAAAUGUUCUCCUUUAAUUUACAAACUUGAUGAAGGAACGAAGGAGAAUUUUCUCGGUCUUCCACAUCGUUUAAUUUUUGCUGUUUUAUGUUGGGAUUCAAUUUUAUUAUAUAAUUCACAAAAUGAAACUCCAUUCGCUUAUUUUGCAAAUUUACACUAUGAUGGAUUAACAAGUAUUGCUUGGACACCUGAUGGACGAUUUUUGGUUGUUUCUUCAUUAGAAGGAUUUAAUUCUUUUAUUUGUAUGGAUACAAAAAAGAUGGGUAUUCCUAUUGAAUUAAAGGAGGUUCUACAAGUUGAAAAAGUGCAACAAGGUUUUGGGUUUUCAAAGGGUGUUUAG